AUGCAGUUUCGCUUCCUUGUAUAUUUUUAGGUAAACCUCGAGUUCACAUCAGCAGAAACCAUGGAGUACCAGAACAUCUCCAACAUGUCUUCAUCCGCGGUUCCCUCAGUGGAUCUGCUGGUGUCCAGUGCUGUCCUGGCACUGUGUUUUGUCCUCGGCGUCCCGGGUAAUAUAGCAGUGCUGGUCCUGCUUGGCCAAUAUCUGAAGGACAGAAGCUUUACUCCAAAGCUGAUGUUCAGUCUGGCGGUGUCGGAUCUGCUGAGUCUGCUGUUUCUGCCGGUGUGGAUCUACGCUCUCCUCAAUGGAUGGGUGUUCGGUCAGGCUCUGUGUAAGCUCUUCUCCUAUGUAGUGUACUGGAGUCUGUACUGCAGUGUGCUGAGCGUCUGCUUGCUGAGCGUGCAGAGAUACCUGCAGGUGCUUCAUCCACAGAUUUGGGCCACGCUUGGAGAGAAGAACCAAAAGGGGAUGAUUUCUGCCAUAUGGACAUUAAGCGCAGCUUUGGGCUCCUACGCUCUUCAUUACCAAAACGUCAUGAAGAAGGAGGAUGGGUUUCUGUAUUGUGAUCAGUAUUUUGAGAAUGAUCUUGGAAAAACUGUGGUGUUGAUUGUGGAAGCUUUACUGAUGUUCAUCGUGCCUCUUCUCAGCCUGUUGUGUUUUUACUUCAGGCUACAUCAGCGGGUCAGUCAGUCGGUCUCCUUCAGCAGUCACAGACUGACCACACUGGCUGUCAGGAUCGUCGUGACCUUCUUCAUAUUCGGGAUCCCCUGUACCAUCAACCACUUUUUGGCAAUGGCAAUACCCAGGAUUUCAGACAUUAUCUACCACACAACUAGGGCUCUUUUCUUUAUCAAUAACAGCAUAAACCCCAUUCUUUACACGUUUUCGGCUCGAUCACUGCUACGGAGAGGAGCACAGCAGUCAGACCAGACACCAGACAAUCAAACCUAAACUUUAUCUC